AUGGGUGUGGAGACCCUCCUAAAUUCUGGUUUCUUGCAGGUGUUCUUGUGGGAGCGUCUCAAAGGGUUGGAUGUGUAUUCACUCCCUCACUCGCACGCUAUAAAGUUGGCUGACUGGGGCAAUGGUUCCUUUAUGCCAAACAAUCUUCCAUUAGUUUGCAGGUGGUUCAAGAGAAUGCAGAGGAAAGGCCAGAAUUUCUUAAAGCUGCUAGACAAUGUCGAGAAUUUUGUCUUUCGCCCUUACGGCACCUCAGCAGAGACCUUCACUUUCGUGCCCUUCUAUACUGACGCCAGUGAUACGGUUGAGGUUCCAGCAGCCGUGUCGCAGAGUAACCAGUUUCGGAGGCAUGCUUUGUUGAAUGUUGCUCCCAUCCCCUUACCUACUCUUGGAGACCACUGUGCAGAGGUUUCCGUGACCUACUCUCCACACCGAGUCAGGAGGCAGUUCGGGCUUGACCAAGGGGUACCCAGCAGUCCUAACCAUGAUGACCCUUUUGCUUUACACAGGAUCUUCUGGAGCAAUGACCACAUACCAGCCAGUUGCAGGCCCCUCGUUCUAGCAAGCAAGGCGAGGGUUGGUGGCUUCUCUAGAGGCUACCAAGCCUACUGGAACCGCUGUCUCUCCUCUUUCCGUGAGUUCCAAUCCUUUCCCGGGGACAGACUGCCUCCUACAACGGCUCGUCUUGUGGGCUUGGUUUCGGAAGAGAAAGCCAUCCCUCUUAGCCAGAAACGUAACUUGCCCUUCAUUUCCAAGAGUGGUGACAUCGUUGGAGAAUUUCCUAAGAUGAAGCCAAAGCCGGGGGCACAGAGUCCUGGCGGCUCCGGAAAAAGUGCAACGCCAGUGUCAGGCAAAAGGAAGCGAGAGGAGGAGCGAAAUGUGAGUGAGAAGCAGACUGCCGGUAAACCCAAAAGGUUCAUUCCGAAGGUAGCCCCGAGUGGCCCUCCUCGAACCAAAGAAGCAACUCCCCCGGAACAGCCACAGUCUUCGAAGCCUGUUGCAUCUGGGAGCCGGGGUCGUGCUGGGCAAGAUGCUGGAAACUACCCCUCUCCGCCGUAA